CGGCGGGAGCCAGCACCGUCCCGAGCAGCUCAUGGUGGCGCCCCAGACCCGCCAGCAGCGGCCGCGCCGGGACCGCCAGCUGAGCCGGAUCCCGGCGGGCGGCUCUCCCCUCUCCACACCGACCCACCGAGCGACCCGUCCCCCUCUCCCCACUCCCCGGCGCGACCCGCGCCUCGGAUCGCCCCCGCCGGAGCCGGACUGCCACCACCCCCGGGCGCCGCGGGGAAGGCGGCGAAGGACGCAGGGCAGCGCCAGGCGGCGGCGGGACCAUGGGCGCGAAGCAGAGCAGCCCCACCGCCGCCAAUGGCCGCACCCGGGCGUACUCGGGCGGGGACCUGCCUUCCUCGAGCAGCAGCAGCAGCGGCGGCGCUAACGGGACCAGCGGGCGCUCGGCCGGCGGCGGCGGGCGCUACGCGCACCUGGCGGCCGCGCCUCACGCUGCUGCCGGCGGCGCGGCGGCCGCGGCGGCCGUAGGAGCGGCGGCGGGCAGCGCCGCGGGGUCAGCACCCCGGAGCAGAUCCCUCGGGGGGGCCACGGCCUCCGGGGCCCGGGCGGCGCAGUCCGCCUUCAACAUCCCCCACAGCAGCGGCCCCUACGGCUCGCAGGACUCGGUCAGCAGCACCCCGGAGGAGGGCGGCCGGGAGCGGCCCGCGGGGGGCGGCGGCGGCUCCUCCGGCGGGCCCCGGCUAGUGAUCGGCUCGCUGCCCGCGCACCUCUCGCCGCACCUGUUCGGAGGAUUCAAGUGCCCUGUAUGUUCAAAAUUUGUAUCUUCUGACGAAAUGGAUUUACAUCUUGUGAUGUGUUUGACAAAACCAAGGAUAACCUACAAUGAGGAUGUGCUGAGUAAAGAUGCUGGGGAGUGUGCAAUAUGCCUGGAAGAGCUGCAGCAAGGAGAUACUAUAGCACGGCUGCCUUGCCUCUGCAUAUAUCAUAAAGGCUGCAUAGAUGAAUGGUUUGAAGUAAAUAGAUCUUGCCCUGAGCAUCCAUCAGAUUAAGACAAGAUUCAUAUUUUUAGCUGCUUCCACUGAUCAGAAAACAUAGGAAAUGUGAGGUUCCCUUGCUGAACACAGCGUGCCUGGCUUGAGACUUAGUUCUUUGUGGCUGAAAAAGGCAAAGAUGGACAGUGACACGGACAAAGCAUUGCAGACACUGUUACUUGCCAGUAGUGCUCGGUAUACCAAACACUCAUGAAAAGGACACACAGGGAUUUUGAAAAUGCUGCACAUCCUGUAACAAUCUACUCCCCAGAGACAUUACUGACACUAUUUUGUAUUGAAAGCCAAAGUUCCUAAUUUCAGCCUAACUUCUGGUUCUGUGAAGAAGCGAGUUAUUGGACAUGUUUCCUACUGCCUCCAGUGGAAGUGGAGAUGUUCGAUACGUGCUAUCUGAGACCCUUGCAGGGGGACAGCCCCAGAUUCGAGUAGGAACGUUUUCACCUUCUCCUUGGCUGAAGAACAGUAAAUGGCAAAAUAAAUAAAAUCUAACAGUGUGACCUUAAUUUACUGAAUUCACACCUUGUUUUAUGUUCUUCACUUUUUUCAAGAACAGACAACAUAAAAAGCUGUGCAUAGGAAUACUGUAUAUCAAAGUUUUGUAACUAAACCUUUGUCACAAUGCAGUCCAAAGAGUAAAACCAAGACAGGUAACUAAUUUAUAUUGAUCAAGCUAUAGAGAUUGUUGAAAUCUGCACAUUGUAUUGCUAUUUAAGUAACUAAAAUGUCUCUUUUACUGCUUAUGAGUCAAAACAACAGAAAGAAAUGCAGCAAAGCAAAAUCUUACAGCUAUGCAACUUUUUUUAAAAUAGGAUAAAGAAAAGAAUUACCAAUUUUAAGUGCUGCCAGUUAAGGUAAUUUGUUUAACGGGUAUUUUUUUAAAGAUGUUUCAGGUAAUUAUUUUAUUCUAUUACUCUCAUCUCCAGGCUGCCUCCUGAGGUAUAAAUGAAUAACUGCAAAUGUGGGAACAGUGAGAGGUUUUUACAGGUAUGGGCGAGAUAACAUUGAGGUGGGAUUUGUGUUUAUUUCUUGAACAUGCACAAGUUCAUAUUUCCUUGUUUGAAUGUGUUUUUGGUGGCAGGUUCUGUAGUACUUUGCGUCUAAACCCUUGGUGUCUUCGUGUGGAGACCAGCAUUUGACAGUGUGGGAUUUUUAGUUUGGGUAUUUUGAUGGUUUUUUGUUUUUUGUUUUCGGUUUUUUUUUGGGGGGCGGGGGGGUUAAUGCAUCUGCAUUUGUUUAAUUUAUUAUUAUUUUACUGUAUUAUGUUGGUAUACCAGAGCUCCACAGAACACAGGAUGUCUCUGGGUGGGUACACCAAGUAAAACUGUGGAUAUGUAUUAAUUACCACAAAGUAUCACAGUGAAAAUAAAUAAUUUCUUUUUAAAGACAAUAAACUGGAACUGAUGUCAGG